GAAAAUUUGAGUAGACGGGUACCAGAACAAGCUAGCGAGCGGUGAUGGCAGCGAUUGCAGCACUCCAGGGCUCCAUGGCUUCUCUCUCUCUUGCUCCCAGUUCCUUUUUCGGAGAGAGCUUUCUCCCGUCUCUCUCUCCGCCGGUAAAAUUUGCUGACAGAUCAUGCCCAAUAGUAAUGAAGCUUAAGAGAUGGGAGCGAAAGGAAUGCAAACCAAAUAGUCUUCCAGUUUUGCAUAAGAUGCACGUUAAAGUGGGGGACACUGUAAAAAUCAUUGCCGGCGAUGACAAAGGUAAAGUAGGAGAAAUUACUCGGAUAUUUCGCCAUAACAGCAAGAUUGUUGUAAAAGACAUUAACUUCAAGACAAAACACAUGAAAAGCAAAGAGCAGGGAGAACCAGGGAAGAUUGUGAAGAUUGAAGCACCCAUUCAUAGCUCAAAUGUUAUGUUGUAUUCAAAAGAGCAGAAUGUAGCAAGCCGAGUAGGGCACAAGGUUUUAGAAGAUGGAAGCAAAGUCCGUUACCUCAUCAAGACUGGAGAAAUAAUUGACAGUGCGGAGAACUGGAAAAAACUUAUAAAAGAAGCGAAAAAGGAAAAAGAAGCAGAGGCUGCUUGAAAAUUUGCAACAAAGGUUCUGUUUCUUCUUUUUUAUAUAUUGUUGUACCUUUUGCUCCUAGUUAUGUUAUUUCAAUAUAUUUCAGCUUCAAUAUUCUCUUUUCUUUGAAAGGUUUUGCUUUCCUUUUUACAGUUUUCUUUUGAAUGCAUUAAAUUGUCACAUUUUUCAUGA